CACUGCUAGGUUGCUGUUUAGGAGGUCUAUGGUCUUACUUAAUACUUGGUGAUACCUUUUGCAUCUGUCAUCUGUAUCCACUCGGUUUCGUUGUCGCUGGAGUGCUCCUAACUUGUAUUAGGAUUCUGUUAUUUAAAGAAAAAAAACUUGAAGUGAAACUUUUGAAAACUGGUUUGCAGUAAUAACUGCCUAUUUACCAAUGUCAGGAUCAGGGACAGGACAAACUCACAAAUUUCGCUACAAAAAUGCAGCCCUUGAUUCACAGGAACUCAGGCGCAGGAGAGAGGAGGAAGGAGUUCAGCUGCGUAAGCAAAAGAGAGAAGAACAGCUGUUCAAACGAAGGAAUGUAGUUAAUGCUGGAAAUCUUCAAGAUGAAGAAAUUACUAGUUCUUUGCAAGAAGAUCUGAUGAAUGUUGCUGCCCACCAGGGCAGCAUUACACAAGAAAUGUGCCAAGCACUGUACAAUCCAGAUAUAAAUGUACAGUUAUCAGCAACCCAGAAAUUCCGAAAAAUUUUAUCACGAGAGCCUAAUCCUCCUAUUGACGAAGUGAUUCAAUGUGGAAUUGUCCCUCGAUUCGUGGAAUUUCUUGCCAACAAUAGCAACUACACCUUGCAAUUUGAAGCAGCGUGGGUUUUGACUAAUAUUGCCUCCGGUACUUCUACUCAGACCCGUUGUGUAAUUGAAGCUGGUGCCGUCCCGAUCUUCAUAGAUUUGCUUGGUUCCCAGUACGAAGAUGUCCAGGAACAAGCAGUUUGGGCUCUUGGUAAUAUUGCUGGGGAUUCUCCAGAGUGCCGCGAUUUUGAAAUUGAUGCCGGCAUCCUUCCCUCAUUACUGCAGCUAUUGAGUAAAUCCAGUCGAUUGUCGAUGAUUCGAAAUGGGGUAUGGGCCUUAUCAAACUUGUGCCGUGGUAAAAAUCCUCCGCCAAAUUUCUCGAAGGUUUCACCAUGUCUUCCCGUCCUCGCUCGUUUACUGUUUCACGCGGAUCCGGAUGUUUUAGCUGAUGCAUGUUGGGCUCUUUCCUACUUAUCUGAUGGACCAAAUGACAAGAUUCAAGCCGUCAUUGACGCUGGUGUUUGUCGGCGCCUAGUUGAACUGCUCAUGCAUACAACGCCGAGCGUAGUACAAGGCGCGUUGCGAGCUGUUGGGAAUAUCGUGACUGGUGAUGACGUCCAAACUCAGGUGGUAUUGAAUUGUUCGGUUAUGCAUUGUCUGCUGCACCUUUUGACUUCACCAAAAGAAUCGAUUCGCAAGGAAGCAUGCUGGACUAUUUCAAACAUUACGGCGGGUAAUCGGCAACAGAUACAGGCCGUUAUAGACGCAAACAUCUUCCCUGUUCUGAUCGAUAUACUUGGCAAAGCAGAGUUCAAAACUCGAAAGGAAGCCGCUUGGGCUAUCACAAACGCAACAUCGGGUGGCACUGCGGAGCAAAUUCGUUUCCUUGUUAAUUUGGGAUGCAUUCACCCCUUAUGUGAGUUACUUACCGUAAUGGAUGCCAAAAUCAUCCAGGUUGCUCUAAGUGGACUGGAAAAUAUACUUCGACUUGGUCAGCAGGAAGCUCAGACUCGUUCUGGACCUAAUGCUUAUGCCAUUUUAAUCGAAGAAUGUUACGGGCUGGAUAAAAUUGAGUUUUUACAAUCCCACGAAAACAUGGAAAUUUACCAAAAAGCUUUCGAUAUCAUUGAAACUUACUUUGGUUCGGAAGAAGAAGAUACGAAGUUGGCGCCGUCUGUGGAUGCACAGGGCCAACAGUUCAACUUCAAUCCUGAUCAACAGCAACCGCCUACUCAGGGCUUUGAAUUCUGAACCUGUAUUUGCAAAGAUUUAGGAGCAGGGGAUGGGAAGAGAAAGGUAGUCUGCUGCAAGAGUGAUUCUCUGCAUUUCUUCACUUUUUAUGAAACAUGGAAUUGAUAAUUAUAUUUAGAAGUGAUUGAUUUCUUUGAAGAAGCUGACCCUUGUCUUUGUUUGUAACACCUUUCUCAUAUUUUCAAUAAGGUUACAUUAUAUUCUCCAAAGGAUCUAAAGCUCUUCCUUUGCUUGUCACGAAAUUGACCCAACAAUCUUUUCCUUUUGUUUUCUUCGCGCUAUGGAUUUGAUCAAGAGUAUUCAGAAGAUUUGCUUGUUUUUCUUCACCUUUCCUCUGUAUCAUAUAUGAAAGAAAUAUGCCUCCGAUUUGAAAGAAACGGCAUUAAAGGACACAAAAUAAAAUACCUAUAUGAAUAAUUCGAUGGUGCGAGGAUAGGCGACUCUGUAACAUACCGCAUAUGCAAAUCGACAAAUAAAGUUGAGGUAGUGAUACUGAA